ACGCCUUUGAUACCUCCAGCCUACCGUAAGUGCAAUAAAAGAAGAAUAGCGGCAAUGGCGCCCGAUUUAAGUGACUGAGUUGACCCGAGUUACGUUUGAAGACGUUGGUUUGGCGGUAUCGGUUGCUGUUGCAAUAAUGUCUUCAGUUCAGCAUCUGAGAGAUUUUAUCAAGGAGAGGUUAACUACUGCUGCAGAAGAAAUCUUCUCAGAGUUUGAAAAAACGAUCGUCCGGUAUGAGGAGGAGAUCCGUCAGCUAAGACUGCUGAAUAUCAGACCCGGGAUAAAGUCACACAAUACAGGUCUGGAUGAUCAGCAGGUCUGUGACCAGGAAAGGAGCUCCAGUCUCAACCAGGAGGACCCAGAGCCUCCACAGACUAAAGAGGAACAGGAGGAAACCUGCAGCAGUGAGGAAGGAGAGCAGCUUGAAUUGAAGCAGGAGGAUGAAGGCAUUCAUGUCUGGACCGGAGAACAGCUGGAUUUCUUGUGUAAACUUGGAUUACGGCUGACCAAAAUAGACCUCCCACAGCAACAUGAUUGUAAGGAAAAUGAGGAUCUGGAUGACCCGCAGGUCUGUAGCCAGGAGAGGAACUCCAGUCUGGACCAGCAGGACAAAGAUCCUCCACAGAUUAAAGAGGAACAAGAGGAAAUCUCCAUCAAUCAGGAAGAAGAGCAGCUUGCACUGAAGCAGGAAACCAAAAGUGGCAUCGUCUGGACCGGGCAGCAGCUGGGCAUCAUGUGGAACCCUGAAGUAAAGUUGCACAGAAUAGAUUUUCCACAACAUGACUGUAAGGACGAGGAUGGGCUCACAAAUCAGCAGGUCUGUAACCAGGAGAAGAACUCCAGUCUACACCAGAAGGAUCCUUCACAGAUUAAAGAGGAACAGGAGGAACUCCGUACCACUCAAGAGGAAAAACCGCUUGUUCUAAAGCAGGAGACUGCAACUUUUCCUGCUCGUGAAGCAAGUAACCACAGUGAACCAGAACCAAGCAGUGACCAGCUCCUUUCUCACAACUCUCCUGUCACAGAUCAGGAUGAAAUCAAGGAUGGUAACUCACACAGAAAUGAGUCGGAGCAAAUCGUAUCAGGCCUGACAGUUCAAAAUUGCAAGACGGCACAUUUAUGUAGCACCUGUGGGAAAAGAUUCACUCAGAGGGGUCAGUUGAAGAGUCACAUGCGAAUUCACACAGGUGAGAAGCCACAUUGCUGUAGUACUUGUGGGAAAGGAUUUCAUGUAAAAUCAAUUUUGAAAACACACAUGCAAGUUCACACAGGUGAGAAGCCACAUUCUUGUAGCACCUGUGGGAAAAGAUUUACUCAGAGGGGUCAUUUGAAGAGUCACAUGCGAAUUCACACAGGUGAGAAACCACAUUCUUGUAGCACCUGUGGGAAAAGAUUUACUCAGAAGAGUCAGUUGAAGAGUCACAUGCGAAUUCACACAGGUGAGAAGCCACAUUCUUGUAGCGCCUGUGGGAAAAGAUUUAGUUUGAAACAAAUUUUGAAUAGGCACAUGCGAAUUCACACAGGUGAGAAGCCACAUUCUUGUAGCACCUGUGGCAAAAGAUUCACUCAGAAGGGUCAGUUGAAGAGUCACAUGCGAAUUCACACAGGUGAGAAGCCACAUUCUUGUAGCGCCUGUGGGAAAAGAUUUCAUGUAAAAUCAAAUUUGAAAACACACAUGCGAAUUCACACAGGUGAGAAGCCACAUUCUUGUAGCACCUGUGGGAAAAGAUUUAGUUUGAAACAAAUUUUGAAUAGGCACAUGCGAAUUCACACAGGUGAGAAGCCACAUUUUUGUAGCGCCUGUGGCAAAGGAUUCACUCAGAAGAGUCAGUUGAAGAGUCACAUGCGAAUUCACACAGGUGAGAAGCCACAUUCUUGUAGCACCUGUGGGAAAAGAUUUCAUGUAAAAUCAAAUUUGAAAACACACAUGCAAAUUCACACAGGUGAGAAGCCACAUUCGUGUAGCACCUGUGGGAAAAGUUUUACUCACAAUGGUCUGUUGAAUAGACACAUGCGAAUUCACACAGGUGAGAGGCCACAUUCUUGUAGCACCUGUGGGAAAAGAUUUAGUGUGAAACAAAUUUUGUAUAGGCACAUGCGAAUUCACACAGGUGAGAAGCCACAUUCUUGUAGCGCCUGUGGGAAAAGAUUUACUCAGAGGGGUCAUUUGAAGAGUCAUAUGCGAAUUCACACAGGUGAGAAGCCACAUUCUUGUAGCGCCUGUGGGAAAAGAUUUAGUUUGAAACAAAUUUUGAAUAGGCACAUGCGAAUUCACACAGGUGAGAAGCCACAUUCUUGUAGCACCUGUGGGAAAAGAUUCACUCAGAAGGGUCAGUUGAAGAGUCACAUGCGAAUUCACACAGGUGAGAAGCCACAUUCUUGUAGCGCCUGUGGCAAAAGAUUCACUCAGAAGGGUCAGUUGAAGAGUCACAUGCGAAUUCACACAGGUGAGAAGCCACAUUCUUGUAGCACCUGUGGGAAAAGAUUUAGUUUGAAACAAAUUUUGAAUAGGCACAUGCGAAUUCACACAGGUGAGAAGCCACAUUCUUGUAGCGCUUGUGGCAAAAGAUUCACUCAAAAGAGUCAGUUGAAGAGUCACAUGCGAAUUCACACAGGUGAGAAGCCACAUUCUUGUAGCACCUGUGGGAAAAGAUUCACCCAGAAGGGUCAGUUGAAGAGUCACAUGCGAGUUCACACAGGUGAGAAGCCACAUUCUUGUAGCACCUGUGGGAAAAGAUUUCAUGUAAAAUCAAAUUUGAAAACACACAUGCGAAUUCACACAGGUGAGAAGCCACAUUCUUGUAUCACCUGUGGGAAAAGAUUUCAUGUAAAAUCAAUUUUGAAAACACACAUGCUAAUUCACACAGGUGAGAAGCCACAUUCUUGUAUCACCUGUGGGAAAAGAUUUCAUGUAAAAUCAAAUUUGAAAACGCACAUGCAAAUUCACACAGGUGAGAAGCCACAUUCUUGUAGCACCUGUGGGAAAAGAUUUCAUGUAAAAUCAAAUUUGAAAACACACAUGCGAAUUCACACAGGUGAGAAGCCACAUUCUUGUAGCACCUGUGGCAAAAGAUUCACUCAGAAGGGUCAGUUGAAGAGUCACAUGCGAAUUCACACAGGUGAGAAGCCACAUUCUUGUAGCACCUGUGGGAAAAGAUUUCAUGUAAAAUCAAAUUUGAAAACACACAUGCGAAUUCACACAGGUGAGAAGCCACAUUCUUGUAGCACCUGUGGCAAAAGAUUCACUCAGAAGGGUCAGUUGAAGAGUCACAUGCGAAUUCACACAGGUGAGAAGCCACAUUCUUGUAGCACCUGUGGGAAAAGAUUUAGUUUGAAACAAAUUUUGAAUAGGCACAUGCGAAUUCACACAGGUGAGAAGCCACAUUCUUGUAGCGCCUGUGGCAAAAGAUUCACUCAGAAGAGUCAGUUGAGGAGUCACAUGCGAAUUCACACAGGUGAGAAGCCACAUUCUUGUAGCACCUGUGGGAAAAGAUUUCAUGUAAAAUCAAAUUUGAAAACACACAUGCGAAUUCACACAGGUGAGAAGCCACAUUCUUGUAGCACCUGUGGGAAAAGAUUUAGUUUGAAACAAAUUUUGAAUAGGCACAUGCGAAUUCACACAGGUGAGAAGCCACAUUCUUGUAGCGCCUGUGGCAAAAGAUUCACUCAGAAGAGUCAGUUGAGGAGUCACAUGCGAAUUCACACAGGUGAGAAGCCACAUUCUUGUAGCAGCUGUGGGAAAAGAUUUCAUGUAAAAUCAAAUUUGAAAACACACAUGCAAAUUCACACAGGUGAGAAGCCACAUGCUUGUAGCACCUGUGGGAAAAGAUUUACUCAGAAGAGUCAGUUGAAGAGUCACAUGCGAAUUCACACAGGUGAGAACCACAUUGUUGCAGCACCUGUGUGAAACAUUUUAGUUCUCCAGUACAGUUGAAAAUGCAAUUAGGAAAACAUGCUACAUGCUAAGUUUCAUUCUUAGAAAAUGGUGAUGGUAGGACACACAAACAGUGUUUGGAUCAUUGAAAACUGAAAAUUUCAAAAGGCUUUUGGAAGCUCAGUUUCUGUUUUGAAACAUGGUCAAGACAAACAGUUUGUCUUGCAGCAUAAAAUGUGUGCACCUUUAUCACCUUUUUCUGACGUCAUUGUUUUAUAGUUUAUAGGCUUUGUCUUUGCUGAAGUUUCUUCAUUUUCUUUGGCAUGGCCUCGACAGUGCUUGAGAUAUUUUUAGUGUCUUGAUGUAAAAAGAACUAUUUCUCUAAAACACACUCGAUAAUAUCUGUUGAAAAAACAACUACACGUGUGAGGUAGCCUUUAUUGAAAUCUUUUUGUUUUGUUUUUUUUUGUUUUUUUGUCUGAAGUUCACAGUUUGAAUUUAUACACUGGAUUGACAUUAAUGGGAAGUGCUUUGUAGAUGGAAAGGGAAUAUUUUAGGGAAUGACAAUGUUGACAAGUUGAUCCAUGUUCUCGUAUUGUUUGUGACCCAGAUUUUUAGGUCAUUUAUUAUUUAUAUUUAUAACAUAACUUACACUACUUUUAUGUGAACACCUGGUGAUACCCAGCUGUUGUUUUGAGAUAUAAUAAUAUGGACUAAUGUGUAAUUUUAACAGUGUUGUGUUCCAUUUUGACAGGAAAUAAAUCCAGUUUAAGAUUGUAGAUUAUUCAUUUUAAAGAUAAAAUAUGGAUAAUUAUAUAAUAAAGGAGGAGGAGCUGGUGACUCAUCUCCCAUAAAGGAGCUCAGAAGUGUCCCGGGAGUCUUCAUCUUUAUUUAUCUUUGUUGGCUUUUGGCCUCCAUGUGCUUAUGGCGAACACCCUAGAGAGCUUUGCUUUCUUUUAAGUUGUUUUUAAUCUUGUAUGUUCAAUAAAACUGUUGGCAUCAAAUUUUA